UCUGUUCAUCUUUGCUCCCACCGUGCUUGACCGAGAAACCAGAAAGAAGGAGGAGAAAAGGUGGAUAAAGUGAAGAAAAUAAAUACGUUGGGAAGGGACAGGGAAUACGAGACGUAUAGUACCUGAAGGGUGGUGAAAACAGCUCUAUUUAAAACGAGGGGACCAACAAGCAUACAGUGCUGACCACACCUGACAUAGUUUAUUUUGCCCUGUCCAUCCUCUUCUUUCUGGGCCUUGUGGUUUGGUGACCUACAUCUACUCUACCCAUGAGCCCCUGCAACUAGGGCUCAACCUUUUGACCUUGGCCUGACCUCUCACCUCUUCUCCAAAGCCACGCCCCCCUGGUGAAGAGUGUAUGGAGCCGUGUGAGAGCGCUGCGGCCCUCCUGGAGUCGGUGAGGGAGCAGGAGGUGCAGUUUGAACAGCUGACCAGAGCGCUGGAGGAGGAGAGGAGGAGAGUGCGCCUCCCCAGCCCCCCGUCCCACCCCCUCCCCCACACACAGAACGGGCGCCUGGGGGAGGCAGACAUAGAACGACUGAAACUGAGUGAGGGAUACAUUAAUGGGACACAGUACAGGAUGGUGGACCCAGCGCAUGACGCUCUAGACGAGAGCUGCACACCAGAAGAUGAUUCACAGGAAGCACACUCCGUCUUCUCAGACGAUGGAACCAAUGGACGGCGGGCAGGGAACGUGAUGAAGGUGAUCACCUCACGUACCGUCCUGCCCUCUGAUUCGAUGUCCAUCGACGGAGGACUAUCCGUCUCGGGCAUGGGUGGUUACAGUGCCACUCUGGACCGAACCUACAGGCAGGGUGGAGGGGGUGACUACCCCACAGCCACGGUCCCCAGGAACUACCACUACGGCCCCGCGGGGGGGUACGACGACUACAGGAGCGCCCCGCCCUCCGAGGCCUACGCCAGCCUGAGCAGAGGCACACGCGUGGACGACCGCUACAGACCUGCGGAUGGGUACAGGACCCUGGACUCUGGGUACCGCGCCCCCAGCAGACAGCAGAUGGACCCCUACGUAGCCCAGCCCCAGGUGGGGCGAGGGGUGAGGGGUGUGGGCAGUGCCCUGGAGCUGGGGGGCAUGCGCUACGCCCACCAGGGCCACUAUGGCGUGGAGGAUGACCAGAGGAGUCUGGGAUAUGACGACAUGGAGUACAGUAUGGCUCCUCCCACCAUGCAUCCAGGAUACGGCACCAUGCCACGACUAGGCCCAGGCCCUGGUGGACUGGACAGACGCAGGCUCAGGAGUUGUGAGGACACUUUGGACGGGGACAUGGGAGGAGUCGACCCCUACACCUGGGGCGUCAACAUGGCGAUGGAGAGGGGAAGUAUGGCAUCAUUGGACAGUACCCUGAGGAAGGGCCCGCCCACUUCCUGGAGACAGCCAGAGCUUCCUGAGGUCAUCGCCAUGUUGAACUACCGACUGGACCCGGUCAAAACCAACGCUGCUGCCUUCCUCCAGCACCUCACCUUCAAGAAUGACAAGGUGAAAUCGGAGGUGCGUCGUCUAAAGGGGAUCCCUGCUCUGGUCUCGUUGCUGGACAACCCCAAGAAGGACGUACACCACUCGGCCUGCGGGGCGCUCAAGAACAUCUCAUAUGGACGAGACCACGACAACAAGAUCGCCAUCAAGAACUGUGACGGCAUCCCUGCCUUAGUCAGGCUACUGAGGAAGACCAGAGAGCAAGACCUCACAGACACCAUUACAGGCACAUUGUGGAACCUAUCGUCUCACGACUCUGUGAAGAUGGAGAUCGUGGACCACGCGUUACACACCCUCUCUGACGAGGUGAUGGUGCCGCACUCUGGCUGGGAGAGAGGAAGUGACGGAGGAGAAGAAAGCCUCAAACCACGACACCUGGAGUGGGAGACGGCCCUCACCAACACAGCUGGCUGUCUGAGGAACGUGAGCUCAGAACGUAGCGAGGCCAGGCGGAAGCUGAGGGAGUGCACGGGAUUGGUGGACUCACUCAUGUACAUUGUCCAAUCACAGAUCAACCGCAAAGAUGUGGACAACAAGUUGGUGGAGAACAGUGUGUGUCUGCUGAGAAAUCUGUCCUAUCAGGUUCACCGGGAGAUUCCCGGCUGCGAGCGCUACCUGGAGGCCGCGCCCCUAAACCAGGGCCCCGUCCCCGGAUCCAACAAGGCCAGCUGCUUCAGCUCAAGGAAGGGCAAAGAUGAGUGGUUUUCCAAAGGUAAGAAAGAUGCGGAUGACGGGAGUGCGGACCAGGUUGAUAUCCCAAAGAGGACGACGCCUGCCAAAGGCUAUGAGCUGCUGUUCCAGCCAGAGGUGGUGCGUGUGUACACAUCUCUGCUGAGAGAGAGCCAGAACCCCUCUGUACUGGAGGCUGCAGCCGGGGCCAUACAGAACCUGUGUGCCGGACGCUGGACUUAUGGUCGGUAUAUCCGGGCCACGGUACGUCUGGAGAAGGGCCUCCCGAUGAUGGCAGAGCUGCUGGCUCAUGGGAACGACCGUGUGGUCAGAGCCAUGUCCGGAGCCCUGAGGAACCUGGCCAUCGACAACCGCAACCGCGAGCUGCUCGGUAAGCACGCUGUGCCCCACCUGGUGGCAGACCUGCCGGGUGGCCAGAGCCAGUCGGCACGACCUCUGUCUGAGGAGACGGUGGUGUCUGUACUGAGCACGCUCACUGAGGUGCUGGGCAACAGCCUGGAGGCCGCCAAGACCCUCAGGGCCUCCCAAGGCAUCGAGAGACUGGUGCUCAUCAAUAAGGACGGUAAGCGCUCUGAGCGGGAGGUACGUGGGGCAGGCCAAGUGUUACAGCUGAUCUGGGGGCACAAGGAUCUGCGGCGCCCCCUGGAGAAGGACGGCUGGAAGAAGACUGACUUCAUGGUGAACCUCAACCCCCCCGCCAACGGCCCCUCCACACGCACCAACGGGACCUACGAGGACACUACCAUGCCAAUGCUAGACAAAGGGACGAAGAGAGACAUGAUUCCACUGAAUGACUUAGGCCCUGAAGCCUACUCUACACUGGACCAGCGGGAGAGGAGACACUCUCUGGACAACUCCCUCGACACCACAGACACUUUACAGCGUGGGGUGUAUGGGGGCAGAAAGGGUUCCCUGCCUCUGUUGGACUCCUACGAUGGUUAGCCCCCCUCCCCUCUCCCCCUCUGCAUGUAACAGCAUGAAAAACUGAUGGUGUGCAUUACCCAGGGUGAGCUGCCCCAGCCCUACCACUGCUACUGAGGAGAGAACACUAGAGACCCACAGACUCGCUCUCUCUCGCUCGCUCCUUCCAUCACAAGGCUAUGUGGUUAUGAAGACGAGGGUUGGCGUCCAAAGAAAGCAGUUGUGUUGCAAUCAGAGUGAUAUUUAACACUCAAACUGACGACACACACCAUAGUAACGUCAGAAAUAUAUUCCCUGUUAUUUAAAUGAUAUUGAUAUUCCCUUUCUCAAGGCAAUAGUCUUUGUUUGACAAUCAUUGUUUAUUUCAGUUUUUUCUAUGAUUACUUACAUCCAACAUUUGGCUCAAUUAGCGUUUCCUGUUGUUCGUUAGAAUCCUCAUACUCGUUCAAAUGUUUUGUUGUUUUCUUUGUCGUCGUGAAUCAGGUCGCUGCCAUCAUCUGCAUCCUGAUAUAAAAGAGGACAUGUCUGAUUGGGGAGGAAGGUGUCUAUGCCUUUUUUAAGGUUGAUUUUAAUUUAAGUAGUGCCCAGAUUGGGAUUGGUGAGUGGAAAGGUCAUGAGUGGCUGGUGGACCAAUGGGGCUCGGUCCUCAUAGAUUCGGAAUGUUUGUUUGUAAAGGAGUUAUUUUCAUAUUUUCUAGUUAUCUUACGGGCUGGUUGGUUUUGGGGUAGUUGGGAGAGAGUGUGAGGCCGGUGUGUGAGUGAGAGUCAUUCAGGAGACCUGUGUGUGAGGGAUGUGUGUGUGCAUGAGUUUUUGUUUGUUAACAAACAAACAACCCAUAUGAGCCUGUUUAUUUUUAAGGACUUCAUAUUGUGUGCUUUCAAGUGUUUUCUACUCCUUUUGCAAAUAUUUCAUUUUUUUGUCUUGGUUCUUUUCAAUUGUGCUUUUACAGAUGUACCAACUGCCUCUCUUUAAGUUGUUGAGUGAUACCUAAUAUAAAACAUUUUAACGUGAUAAGAACGUUAGAUUGCUGUUUUUUACACUCCUGAGUCUGUAUGUGGUUAACUAUGGCUGUGAGAGUGCGGAUUUUGCUGCUGCUGUGCAGGUAGCUGGAAGAUGCUGUUCACACUGUUAACAAGCACCACAGCUCUUAGUCCUACAUUGCUCAUACACUAGAUAACAUUCCAACACUAAACUACAACACUAGGAACGCAUUCCCCACACUAUUAUACAGGACCCCACUACAGACCUGGGGCCUGUUCCCUAGGGUGGGUUGUUUUGAAUGCUUCCAUUAUAAACAUUUUGCAUAGAACUGGCAGAUUCUUGAUUCCGCAUGUUAGACAUUAAUAGUCUGUUCUAAGAAAUAUACUUAUUCUAUCAGCAAUGAUCUGAACCCCUUAUACCACUAAUAAUAACACUAGUUCAGUCAGUACUUACUGUUACACUAGCCAGAACAAUGUGCUGUACAUAUGGACCCAUUGCAAUGGCAUUGGUUGAAAAGGAGAAAGGGGUUGGUUUUCUCUAGAAAUUACACUUGUUAUGUUUCUGGAGAAUUGGAUUCCUCAGAGGUGACUCAAGUAUAGACAGACAGACAGCAGGACCAGACUUGAGCAUAGACUAGGGGGGAAAAAUGAAAAGCACAUUUUGGUAUUUUUUUUUUACUUUUGUGUCCGUGUUUUGCAUUUUUAAUAUUGUUUUCUGAUUUGGGAGUGGUGGGUGAAGCAUUAUGCAAUCUCUAUUCUACUUUUUUAUUCUGCUUUUACAACUUUCCUUUAAUUGCAAAGGAGACUAAUCAUCAUUGUUUCUUUAAUAUUGUUUCCACAUGCAUCGUUUCUCUGUAGCAUUGCCUAUUCAUGUACAAUUAUGAUGAACUUGCCUUGGCUCAGAAAAGUUUCAUUUUCUUCAGUAAGAGUAUGUAACUGGCAAUACUGUUUUAUAAAAUAAAGAUCUUUUCUCAGACCAGA